AGGCCCAUGGGCCCUUGUCCUUUUGUGCUUUCUCUAAUCGCAUUGGACUCUACUUAUCGGCAAAAUAUCGGCUUAAAAGCUUUGAAUCACUUCGAACGGUUCCCUCGUAAGUCUACAUUCUCAUCAUCUGUAGAUGAAUUUUCAUGAAAAAAGAAUUCUUGCAAAAAAUAUAUCGUUUGCCAAUUCCAUGACCCAUUCUCCAGUAGAAUGUAUUGCUUGAUUAUGAUAAAACUAGUUUUCAUAUAAAUAGCAGUUUGAAAAUGUAAAAAUAUUUUGAAAUUUCAAGAUCUCGUCUAUCACCGAGUCGAGUGCCAAGAACGCAUUCCGGUUGCAAGACAAUAAAAGCAACAAUGAAAACUAUGUAUUAUAGAAUAUCGAAAAACAUUUGUAACUGUAUCGAAUUGAAUUUAGAAAAAAAAACUUGCAUAAGUUUUCUUAUAACAUUUUAAGUGUCAUAGUUUCUAGAACUAUUGUAUAAAUUUCUGAAGAGUUAUAAUCAAGAUAUGAACUUGCAACUGGUGAAAACUUCAAAUUUCUUAUAUAACAUUCGAUGCGCCGUAAAUCGCUCUACAAAACCACAUAUAUGGUAUCCUUGUUCUAAAUAGAUCAUCAUAUCCGUCAAGGUCCCGUAAAAUUCUUUUUUUUUUCCAUAGACGACACCGGAUCAAAAAACUGAAUUGACAAGUGCAUCAAAAUUAUUUCGUGAUGCUAAAAAUGAAACAGUUGCUCAAUUAGUUGAUGAUGAAGUUCGUUUAAUAGCUAAACAAGAUGAACUUGAAAAAAAAUUAUACAAUGUACAAUUAAAAGGUUUAUCAUUGGUUGAUACACUUGAAACAUUAUUAAUUAAUUUUGAAAAAGAUGCAGAUAUAUUAAGAAAAGAUUUUACUAUUAGUGAUAAAAGAUAUUGGUGGA